AUCUCAGAAACUGGUGGCCGCCAUACCUCCUUGAAACAUCCACUUGCCAUGAUGGCUCCUUUGAGCAUUUCCAUGCCCAAGAAGCCUCAGCUCUUGAACGAAACUUCUUUGGCUGAGUUGCCAAGCCCCAUGAAGCCCGAAGUGGAGAUUCUGGAUGAUAUGCCCGGCUGGCAUGAGGAAGCGCAGCCCGAGACAGGUGCUCUCAAGCCCCGACGAGCCAAGCGGCUUCAGGCUCGGCACAGCCGAUUGAUGGCCUUCAUGAGAAAGUACCACUUUACGGAUGUGGCAUCUCCAGGCCUCACCGACGCCUAUCCCAUCCACUUUGCCGCGAGCUUAGGAGAUGCUCGAGUGCUGCGUGCGCUGAUGAUGGCCGGCGCCGAUCCGGAACAGAAGACGACCAAAGGCUAUACGCCUUUGGACUACGCUCGUGAAGCGGAAGUCGACGGAUCUCACGACAUGGUGAUCGAUCUUCUGGAAAACAAGGUCAAGAUAGUGACAAUGCGUGGCUUCUGCGACAUGGUGGCUGGAACCCGAGAAGUCCUUUUCGGCGACAUCGUCCGCCAAGUGACCUCGGACUCAGCCAUAGACUCCAACGAGUCUAUCAUCGAAAGCAAGUAGCUGCUUUCUGCCAAGGGGCCGUAAUUGUUCCGCAAAGAUGCCACUGAGCCAAAGGAUCAUGGCCAAUCUUUGCAAGCGUUGAACAUGUAUCACAUGAUC